AAGUCGAACCAACUCAGACACGGUUUAAACACUCCUUUGCGGUUUAACCAGUCCCUCUACACCUCCGAGAUCCGAUACCGGCCCCGGACCUACACCACACACCAUGGCUCGCGAUAACCUCAGCAUCACGCUCGCCGAGCGGCCCACCACCGACAUCAUCCCCGGCCAGACCUUUAGCCAGAACGUCGCCCCGGCGCCGACGCCAGACGAGCUGAAGGAUGGCCAGAUUCUGGUCGAGGCCUUGUACCUGUCCCUGGACCCUGCCAUGAGAGGCUGGCUCAAAGACGUCCGCUCCUACCUCCCCCCCGUCAAGAUCGGCGAGACGAUGCGCGGCGCGUCCGUCUGCCGCGUGCUCGCCUCCAAGAGCAAGCUCGCCAAGGAGGGCGACCUGGUCUCGGCCUUCCCCGGCUGGACGCAGUACGCCAUCCUGCCCGAGGGCCGCUUCGAGCCGCCGUCGAUGUACCCGGGCGCGCAGAGCCCGCAGGACUUCCUCUCGGCGCUGGGCAUGACCAGCAUGACGGCGUGGGUGGGCAUGUCGCAGAUCGGCGACCCCAAGCCCGGCGAGACCGUCGUCGUCUCGGGCGCCGCGGGCGCGACGGGCAGCGUGGCCGGCCAGAUUGCCAAGAUCAAGGGCGCGCGCGUCGUGGGUAUUUGUGGGAGUGACGAUAAGUGCAAGUGGCUCAUCGACGAGCUGGGCUUCGACGUGGCGCUCAACUACAAGGCCGACGACUUCAAGGAGAAGUUCAAGCAGGCGACGCCCGACUACAUUGACGUGUACUUUGACAAUGUCGGCGGCGAUAUCCUCGACAUGUGCCUCCUGCGCGCAAAGGAGCACGCGCGCUUCGUCGAGUGCGGCGCCGUCAGCCAGUACAACGCGGCCAAGCCCACGGGCCCGCGCAACUUUGCGCAGAUCAUCACGAUGCGCAUCAAGCUGCAGGGCUUCAUCGUCUUCGACCACGCGGCCGACUUCCCCAAGGCGCGCGCCGAGAUCGCCCAGUGGGUGGCCGACGGCAAGCUGAAGAAGAACGAGACGAUUAUCAAGGGCGGCCUGAAGGCGGCCGAGCAGGCAUUGGUCGACCUGUACAAGGGCGUUAAUACCGGAAAACUCCUCGUCGAGGUCAAGGAUCCCAACGAGAGCCCGUCCAAGCUGUGAGAAUGAGUGUACGAAAUGCCGGGCUGUGACCGGCCAAGUUAUGAUAUGAUAUUGAUAUCCCUGGGGCCCUUAGAUAGUAAUCAUCUACGUCCCAUUUGCUUCUACGUGGAAGCCUUGUUCAGCAUUGCAACUGGUUUCUUUCUUGUGUGCUCGUCUUGCGAGUCUGUCUCCUGUCUCCUGACUCCAUC